AUGAGUGUCAAAGAUUUUCGUGUAGUUGUGGCUAUUGACUUUGGCACAACUUGCAGUGGUUUUGCCUAUUCGCACACUGAAAAUCAUGACACUGCGGUUCAUUCGUUAUUUCCCGGACAUACCGCAUCAAAGACUAAUACUGUUCUCGAAUAUGACAACAAUUGGAAAGCUAUUAACUGGGGAUUUCCGGCACUAGUAAAAGCACAAUCAAGAAGAAAAAAAGCAAGUGUCAAUUCUCGUCCAGUCGAGUUGUUCAAACUACAUUUAGCUGAUAUCGACGAGGAAAGUAAACCGUAUCUGCCUAGAGGACUGAAUUAUAAAACUGCAAUUACUGACUUUCUUAAUAAAAUGCAAAAGUUUAUGCUUGAAACAUUAUUAAAUCGGUGGCCUAGUUUAACGUUGCCGAAAAUCAGAUUUGUCUUCUCAGUGCCUGCCGAAUGGGCGCCUAAAACUAGAGGAAUUUUACGAGAAUGUAUUUAUAAGGCUGGUUUCUUGACGGAGAAAUAUUCAGAUAAUUUAGAAUUUAUAUCUGAACCUGAAGCUGCGGCGAUAUUCUGCAUGUCAAUCUUAAAAGAGCACGAGUUAAAAGUUGGUGAUUCGUUCAUGGUCUGUGAUUGUGGUGGUGGCACAGUAGACUUGACUACUCGAACACUUCUUCCUGAAAAUCAACUUGGCGAAGUGACAGAACGAACUGGUGAUCUUUGUGGUAGCACAUUCGUUGAUAAUGAAUUCAUCUUAUUCUUAGGACGCCGUUUAGGCCAUAAAGCUGUGCAAGAAUUCAAGGAAAACCAUUACGGUCUCGUUCAACUUUUAAUUCAUAAAUUUUUUUGCCCAGAAGUAAAAGAUGAAUUCGCGGGCAAUGUUUCGACUUUUGAACCGAUUGAGUUUGACAUUCAAAGAAUUUGCCCUCAAUUAAUGAGUUACGUGGAUGACGAAAGACGAGAACAAAUGGAAGAAGACGAAUGGAUUAUUGAAUUGCAAUUCAGUGAUGUAACGUCAAUGUUUGAUCCAGUUGUUGAAAAGAUUAUUCGAUUAGUGCGAAAUCAAUUAAAUGCAAGUGGAGAACAAAAAUGUUCGGCUAUAUUUAUGGUAGGAGGAUUUGCCGAGAAUCCUUAUCUUGUUUCACGUGUCAAAAAAACAUUUAGUCGAGAUGUUCAUGUAAUUGCUGUGCCGCAAAAACCCAUUACUACCAUUCUUAAGGGUGCCGUUCAAUAUGGGUUAAACAAAAAAAUUGUUAAAUCGCGAAGACUUACAUGGACGUAUGGAAUAGAAGUCUAUGUAUUGUGGAAAAAAGGAGUUGACCCAAAAAAACGUAAACUAUUCAAUGGUCAUAUUCAGAAAUUCGACGCGCUAGCAAAACGAGGUACUGAAGCAUCACCAGAUCAAAAAUUUUGCGGAAUAUAUGUUCCAUUCCACGCAAUUCAAACGUCAGUUCGUUUUCGAGUGUUAGCAACUAAAAAACUUGAUGCGAGAUUUUGUGAUGAACCCGGAAUGGAAGAAAUUGGAUGCAUGACCGUAAAUUUAGGUAUUAAGAAUCUUGGAUUAAUUAGACCUAUAGAGUUCAGUUUGACGUUCGCUGACGAAGAAAUAAAAGCUACUGCUUGGAAUAAGCUUACUGAAGAGAUUUUUGAAACGAAAUUUGAUUACCUUACCGAAUAG